AUGUAUUUUAUCAGGCUCAACACACCCAUUACUUAUAUCUUCCUCUCUUUCUUUUUCGUCUUCUUUUCUUCAUCGUCUGCUUUCAACAUCACUGAAGUUCUAAACAAGUACCCGGACUUCAGCAUCUUCAACGACUACCUGACCCGAACCCAAGUUUCCAGGCAGAUCAAUGAGCACCGAGUCGUGACGAUUCUCGCGGUCAACAAUGCCGCCAUGUCCUCAUUAAUAGGAAAAUCAAUGGACCUCAUCAACAAAGUGAUGCGCAUCCACGUAUUUUUGGACUACUAUACCCUCAAUAAGUUGAAGAACUUGCCAUCUUCGCAGCCUUCCCAAGUGACCACACUGCUGGAAUCUCCUGACCAACAACGCUACUUGAACAUCACAAAUGUUGGCACCGUCUCAAUUGUUUCGGGUGCUGGUUCUGAGAAAGUAGGUGUCCUUCGAGAUAUGUAUCCUGACGACAUUUAUAAGACAUCAAUUGUGGAAGUUAGCAAUGUAAUUAUGCCUUCAAGCUUGUUAACUACUUCACCCUCAUCACCAUCACCUUCUCCACCAUCUUCAGUGCCUUCUCCGCCUUCAUGA